GAUAGCAUAUAGCUCAUCAUCUCAAACUCGAUUGCAAGGUGGAGAUACAUUUAUAAGAGAAAGGUUGUUAUGAUUUCUCAAUUUCCAUCGAAGUUUUCGGAACAAGAUGUACUCUACACCAUUAACGCCUAGUGAAGAGCCUAGUAGACACCACCCAAGUUAUUUCUUUCUAGCAACUGAAGUCAAACAUCUGAUUGUAGAGAGAUGGACUGGGGAUCCAAUCAUAGAUUUCAUUAUCGUCAUUGUCGGGGCAACAAUCCUCUCCUUCGUAUGGCAAGGAAUGGGACGUUUGAGUCGAAUCCUCCAUCAGAAAGCAGGCUAUUACGCCAAACUUGAAGCCCAGCUGGUCAUGCGCGAGCUGCGCCAACGCAAGGAUAGAAAACAUGACAGGACGCCCGACGGCCAAUCCAAACGACCCGCUUAUCUUUACCACAACGGUCACGUGUUCCAUCAAUCGGCGGACUACAUGGAGCUCUUGGACGCGCACCACGAAAGACAACGCAACCUCGACAGCAGUGUGGCCGCGCAGGUCCAACGUCAGCAACAACGCAACGCAAGUUUGUUAGAGACCAGCACCAGUCCGAGCCACUUAGCCCUAGAGGAUGGGGAAGAGGAUGUUUUCCUCGAUGCUAAUGCUACCCAGAAUACAACAGUACUUUCGGAUUUGAGUGCAGAUGUAAGAACGUUACCAAGCGACCGUGGAAGGACGCAGUCCCGGGACUCGAGACAUGAAAGAAAUCUUUCUAUUGAUAUGGAUCCAAAUAGAUGGAACUCUCUUCAAAGAAACAAGAAAGGAUAUAUUGGGAAUCAUUCGAGAGGAGGACUAAAAUGCUAUAGGUUUCUAUAUCACUGUGUACAAACAAUAAACCACACGCUCCGGUUCGGCUUUGCCUAUCUUCUCAUGCUGAUUGUCAUGACGUACAACGUCUGGUUUCUAGUCGCCAUCGUAGGGGGAGCCAUUCUGGGCUAUUUCCUCUUCUCGGCCGAUCUCCUGACGCUCGCGGCAAGGACGGAAAGCGCCGCCAUCAACAUGAGGAUGCGCAGACGACGCCUGGAGAAUGUUCGCCCUCAAACCUUCUACAAUCAUUGAUUGUCGAGAGAGGACUCAUGAAAAAAUUAUGAGUAGGCACGAUGUCAAAUUGACAUAGAAUUGGCAUAGAAUAGCCGCAAAGGAGGACGCUAUGAAUAGAACAUUGUUAGCAGCUUGCUUGCAUUAUAUCAAUAUGGAAUAGUGAAAUAGUCAUAUUAAUAUAGAUUAUUUAUUGAAAAUGUAUGUGUAUACAAUUCAUGCUCUUUUUUUCUGCAAAGUGAGAAUUUUGUAGGAAAAUGAAAUUACAUGUAGAUUGUUUAAUGGAAACAACUAUCAAACAAAUUUAGGAAUGAAAUGUCUUUUCAACUAUCUUCUUUCUAAACUCUGUUUUUCAUUUUUUGUUCAUGGACACCAGGGUUUCAGUACUGCCUUUGAAAUCACAUUAUUGUACUAUUGCCUUACACCAGCACUAUGUCUACAAGUUAAGGAUAACCUUGAGUUCUGGUAUUGGUUUUUCCAUUUUGAUAAAAACUGACUUAAAUCAAUUCCGAAUGGCCUGGUAGGUUGUUUAAAACCAUCAGAAUUUAACCAACAGUUAAUGGAAAUCACAUUCACAUAAAAGAACAGCUCACAUUUGGCACAAAAUCGUUUGUUGGGUAUCAUUUAUUUGUAAUUAUGUACGUUCAGUGUAAGUUUGGUUCUGUGACAAAUUAUUGUCCAUCAUUACCCUAACUCAAGACAAAUUGUAUAGCCAAAGGGUCUUUUGAAGUUGCAUAAUAUUAUGUAAUCUGCAUAAGAGACAUAAUGAGCAUUUCACAUUGCCAAGCUCAUCAGUGUUCAGAUUUUUAACACAUUUUUACUAUGAUCUUUCAGACAUUAUUUUGUAUGUACUGCCCUGGAUCAACAUCCAGAUCUAUGUGAUGAGAGUCUCAUCACAUGAGACACAUGGGUAGUAAAUUUUCUUUCUGCGUGCAUCACAUGUAAUUUUUCACUUUCAUUUCAUUUCAUUUCAUGAGGGGUUGCAUUUAUGGCCCCACUGAUACUUCUUUCAAUAUUUGAUACCCCUACUUUAAUGUUGAACAUUUGUAAGCAUUAUUAUUUUUUUUUAAAUUUAAAUGGUGCUGAACUAUUGGCAUGAUGUUUGCCAAUUGCAGACCUGUAAACCCCCAUAUACAUUUAGCAGCAUUGAUACUUAUUAAUCAUGGAAUGUUGUUGACAUUUUGCUUCAAACGUGGACCAAUUCAGUAUUUUCAGGACUAAACUUCUAAUGUAAGAGCUUUACAUUGUACUCAUGAAUAGUACUAUUUAUAGUUCAAAUUGAUUGAUGUCAUUUCCCAAACGUGCGAAUAGAAGAUAUGUAUUGUGCUGAUAGAAAGAAGGGCAUAUCAUACUUCUCUCUCUAAACACAGCGUGAAAAAAUCUGUCUGCCAAAGUUAACCUUUAACUCCCUGAAUAUCAACUUUGAUUUAUACAAAUCAUGGAAUGUUGUUUGAUAUUUUCAUGAAUUUGCUCAAAGAAAGACGUUUCUGUCUAUCAAGCAACUUGUAAGCUGUAAGAGAUUUGCAUUGUACUCAUGAAUAGUACUACAUGUAUUUAUGGUUCAAAACGAUAGUUGUCAUUAUUCAAGUGAGUGAAUGUAUCAGGACCCUGUUUCACAAAACUUGUUAUCAAUAACACGUUACAUCGUUAAACUGUUAUAUGCUACUGAAAUAGUGGCAUUUGCUUGGCUGAGAGCAGAUUUGUCAUAGAAAUCUGGCAUUUGUUAUUGAUAGGAGGUUUUGUGAAACAGGUCCCAGAUCUGCUGAGAGCCAGCAGGGCAUAUAGAGAA